CGCGGCGCCGCCGCUGCGAGAGGACGUUGCGUGCUCGCUCGCGCCGGGCGAGUGUCCGCGUCUCCCUCGCGAACUCGGUGAAAGGAAUUGGCGCCGUUCGACACCAGGCGGGUCCGCUCUGCAGCACGCACCCAUCUCCAGCCGCAGCUGCCGCCCGGGCCGACGAGCAGCCGCCACCAGUGGCCGACGGAGGGGAGCCGAGGUUGAGCCAGCACCCAGCGGAGAAUCGGGGCCCUCACCAUGAGUUCCUCGCCUGUUAAUGUAAAAAAGCUGAAGGUGUCGGAGCUGAAAGAGGAGCUCAAGAAGCGGCGCCUGUCUGAUAAAGGCCUCAAGGCCGAGCUCAUGGAUCGGCUCCAGGCCGCGCUGGACGACGAGGAAGCCGGGGGCCGCCCCGCCAUGGAGCCCGGGAACGGCAGCCUCGACCUGGGCGGGGAUUCCGCCGGGCGCUCGGGCGCAGGCCUCGAGCAGGAGGCCGCGGCCGGCGGCGACGAGGAGGAGGAAGAGGAGGAGGAAGGCAUCGCCGCCCUGGAUGGCGACCAGAUGGAGCUAGGAGAGGAGAACGGGGCCGCGGGGGCGGCCGACGCGGGCCCGAUGGAAGAGGAGGAGGCCGCGUCGGAGGACGAGAACGGCGACGAUCAGGGCUUCCAGGAAGGCGAGGACGAGCUCGGCGAGGAGGAGGAGGGCGCGGGCGACGAGAACGGGCACGGGGAGCAGCAGGCUCAACCGCCGGCGACGCCGCAGCCCCAGCCCCCCCAGCAGCGCGGGGCCGCCAAGGAGGCCGCGGGGAAGAGCGGCGGCCCCACCUCGCUCUUCGCGGUGACCGUGGCUCCGCCCGGGGCGAGGCAGGGCCAGCAGCAGGCGGGAGGUAAGAAGAAGGCGGAAGGCGGCGGAGGCGGCGGUCGCCCCGGGGCUCCGGCGGCGGGAGAUGGCAAAACAGAGCAGAAAGGCGGAGAUAAAAAGAGAGGGGUUAAAAGACCUCGCGAAGAUCAUGGCCGAGGAUACUUUGAGUACAUCGAGGAAAACAAGUACAGCAGAGCCAAAUCUCCUCAGCCACCUGUUGAAGAAGAAGAUGAGCACUUCGAUGACACAGUGGUUUGUCUUGAUACUUAUAAUUGUGAUCUACAUUUUAAAAUAUCAAGAGAUCGCCUCAGUGCUUCUUCCCUUACUAUGGAGAGCUUUGCUUUUCUUUGGGCUGGAGGAAGGGCCUCUUAUGGUGUGUCAAAAGGCAAAGUCUGUUUUGAGAUGAAGGUUACAGAGAAGAUCCCAGUAAGGCAUUUAUAUACAAAAGAUAUUGAUAUACAUGAAGUUCGGAUUGGAUGGUCACUAACCACAAGUGGAAUGUUGCUUGGUGAAGAAGAAUUUUCUUAUGGAUAUUCUCUAAAAGGAAUAAAAACAUGCAACUGUGAGACAGAAGAUUAUGGAGAAAAGUUUGAUGAAAAUGAUGUGAUUACUUGUUUUGCUAACUUUGAAAGUGAUGAAGUAGAACUUUCCUAUGCUAAGAAUGGACAAGAUCUUGGUGUUGCCUUCAAAAUUAGCAAGGAAGUUCUUGCUGGGCGACCACUCUUCCCACAUGUUCUCUGCCACAACUGUGCAGUUGAAUUUAAUUUUGGUCAGAAGGAAAAGCCAUAUUUUCCAAUACCUGAAGACUAUACUUUUAUUCAAAAUGUCCCCUUAGAGGAUCGAGUAAGAGGACCAAAGGGGCCUGAAGAGAAGAAAGAUUGUGAAGUUGUGAUGAUGAUUGGCUUGCCAGGAGCUGGAAAAACUACUUGGGUUACUAAACAUGCAGCUGAAAAUCCUGGUAAAUACAACAUUCUUGGAACAAAUACCAUUAUGGACAAAAUGAUGGUGGCAGGUUUUAAGAAGCAAAUGGCAGAUACUGGAAAGCUGAACACACUGUUGCAGCGAGCUCCACAGUGUCUUGGAAAGUUCAUUGAGAUUGCUGCCCGCAAGAAGCGGAAUUUCAUUCUGGAUCAGACAAAUGUGUCUGCUGCUGCCCAGAGAAGAAAAAUGUGCCUGUUUGCAGGCUUCCAGCGAAAAGCUGUUGUAGUUUGCCCAAAAGAUGAAGACUAUAAACAGAGAACACAGAAGAAAGCAGAAGUAGAGGGAAAAGACCUGCCAGAGCAUGCAGUCCUCAAAAUGAAAGGAAACUUUACCCUGCCAGAGGUGGCUGAAUGCUUUGAUGAAAUAACCUAUGUUGAACUUCAGAAAGAAGAAGCCCAGAAACUUCUGGAGCAAUAUAAGGAAGAAAGCAAAAAGGCACUUCCACCAGAAAAGAAACAGAACACUGGCUCAAAGAAGAGCAAUAAAAAUAAGAGUGGCAAAAACCAGUUUAACAGAGGUGGUGGCCAUAGAGGACGUGGAGGAUUCAAUAUGCGUGGUGGAAACUUCAGAGGGGGAGCUCCUGGGAACCGUGGUGGUUAUAAUAGAAGGGGCAAUAUGCCUCAGAGAGGUGGCGGCGGUGGUGGAAGUGGUGGAAUUGGUUAUCCAUACCCUCGUGGCCCUGUUUUUCCUGGCCGAGGCGGCUAUUCAAACAGAGGGAACUACAACAGAGGUGGAAUGCCUAACAGAGGGAACUAUAACCAGAACUUCAGAGGACGAGGAAACAAUCGUGGCUACAAAAAUCAAUCUCAGGGCUACAACCAGUGGCAGCAGGGUCAAUUCUGGGGUCAGAAGCCAUGGAGUCAGCAUUAUCACCAAGGAUAUUAUUGAAUACCCAAAUAAAACGAACUGAUACAUAUUUCUCCAAAACCUUCACAAGAAGUCGACUGUUUUCUUUAGUAGGCUAACUUUUUAAACAUUCCACAAGAGGAAGUGCCUGCGGGUUCCUUUUUUAGAAGCUUUGUGGGUUGAUUUUUUUUUUUCUUUUCUUUUUUGUACAUUUUUAAUUGCAGUUUUAAAGUGAAUCGUAAGAGAACCUCAGCAUUGUGCACGAUAAGAGAAUGUGUCAGUAUUUCAGGGUUCUACAUUUUAUCUGUAAAAUGUGACUUUUUUUUUUAUCACAACAAAAGUAAAAUGUUGCUUUGUACCUGGUGUCUUUUAUUAAGAAUUUACUCCCCCCAUUUCUCACAGAGAAUAACAGUCGGGAGUCAUUGUCACAAUAUAAUAGAAAUGUUAGCAACCAGAUUCAUGGAAGGACUAACUGGUCCUCAUGAAUUGCAUAAGACUCUGUACUGCUCAUAUUACACUCCAUCCUCUCUGUAGCUUUUUUGGGGUAGUAGUGGAGGGGGUAAGCUAAGUAGUAAUCUCCGACAAAAUCUGGGAAGGUUCCUUCUGUGUGAAAAACAAUAGAAUUGGCAUAAUUGGUAACGAAGAUAAAACUUGGAACUGAAAUGGAGAAGAUGGAGUGUAUGUAGAAGGGCUGUUAAAAAUGUAAAACUUGGUUGCAUUAUUUGUGGAGGCUCAUACUUGUGAAGGUUAAAUACCAUAAUUUUUCCAUUUGUUCUGCAUUUUGAUUCUGAAAAGAAAGCUGGCUUUGCCCAUUUCUUAUUAAAAAAACUUGUUGUAAAUCCAGUUGUCUAAUGGGAUCUAUAUGAAGUUAGCUAUGUCUGUAUGCCCUUCUCCCACAAAAUACUGUAUAACUAGUGUGCUUGUAGUAGUUAACUCCACCAUCUUUGUAAGCUAAUGAAAUUGUGAGUCACCCAUUUAUAUCUUAAUUUUUAAUCAUGUCAGUUCUUGAAUGGGUAUCUCCUUAGCCUGCUGAUUUCCUUUUUCUUUCUAAAGAAAGUGGGUGGAGAAAUUAAUUUAGACGUUUGUUUGCAAUAAAAAGAAUUCAUUUUACUCUUGUUUUGGGAUUCUCGCCAUCAAGGUUCAAAAUCCCUUUAUACAACUCCCAAGAGGAGAAAUUUUAAGUGUGUGCUUUCUGGACAGCUUAUUCUUUAUUCUGUACUUAGAACAUUUAGGUUUUAAAAACUUAAAUGUGUAUUGACAGUUGAUUUUAUACUUAAGUUGAAUUCUUCCCUUCCCCUCCCCCCCAGACGGCUUUUAACAUUUAAUUGAGGGGAAAAGGUAUACUGGCUGGGAGAAGUUAACACUCACUGUAUUAUCUUUACAAAAUGCUGACAGCUGUCCUCAACUGAUAAUUUUAUAUACAUAUAUAUGAUACAUGAAACUCUGGGAACAGAUGCUUUUAGAAGCCAUCAUUCAAGCCAGUCAUUGAUUUCACUACUACACAACACUGCUAACUUAACUGUAGCUAUGUGAUAACAUUAGAUCCCCUAUUGUAAUUAUAUUGGGUUUGCACAGAACACUUAAUCUUCUCAAGGAUCCUCACUGAAGUGAGGAAUCAGGAGUCAAACUGUAGAACUAAAAUUUGACUUCAGUCUAGUAUUUUGUUUUCAGGUUGCUUCUGGUAAGUUCAGGUUUGCUGUGUGAUUGUUCAGAAUUUUGUCUUAGCCAUUGAAAAUCAGAUACUUAACUUGAGUUCAUACUCAUAGGAAUUUUCUUACAAGCUGAGUUGAGUUGUAGGUGAUGGUGUAGGUAGGUGAUGUAGGUCUAGUUGACAUUGAAACAAAGGCUAAUUACCCUGAAAAUUAACCAUACAAGGUAGCGUCCAUAGGUUUUUGUCUUUAGCAGUUAACUUGGUAGCAACCACUGGCAUGAAUUACUUUUGAGUGUACAUUAGGAUUUUGUAUACCUGCUCAUCUUAAUCAGCAUGUAGGUGUUACACAGUUUCCAUUUGUGCCUUAUAAAAACCUUGGGUACACCUUCCAGCUCAGAUUUGCUUAAUAAAUUCGUAUCCACAAUUGCAACAGAAAAAUAAUGGUCAAAUACUACUAGUUAGGUCAACAUUCCUAGAUUACCCAAACAUUUGUGGAGAUGGGGUGAUGAUAGAAUAGAUAAAAGCUCCCUGGACAUUUUACAAUUAAAAGCAGUCUCAUGAUGAGUGCUGUCUGCGCUUGUGAAAGAAAUAACCUUAGGAAGUUCUUAAAUUCAGAAAAGUGGCUGGACAUGGUAGCAUAUGCCUGUAAUCCCAGUACUUGGGAAGCAGAGGCAGAAAGCUCCCCACGAGUUGGAGGCCAACCUAGGCUACAUAGUGAGUUCAAGGCUAACCUGAACUACCAUAGUAAGAACCUGUUUUACCCCACAAAACAGAACUAAACAAGCUAAAUAGCAAGCAAAGAUAAAUUCUAGAAAAGCUAAGUUUUGGCAGAAUGUUUACGGAGAGUUGGUUUCUUUGUGCCUGUCACCCCUCACCCCUGUGGAAAACAUUCAGAAGCACAUUUAGUUCGAACUGAUCGUAGAGAAAAAAACUGCUUUGAGUUCAAAGUGGGUUCAUGCUAAACCCUUAAAUGGGGUAGGAGACUGGGGGUAUGGCUCAGUGAUAACAGCACUUGACUAGCAUGUUCAACUCGGGAAUACAAAUAGCUGAAUAGGGAAGAAGACACUACUAAAAGAUAGGAUAACUACAAAUACUGUAAAAUUUAUUGCUGGCCUUCGGCUCUGAAUUGUAAGAACAGAAGUCAUCAGCUUAUGGUCAUUCAUAAUACACAGCAGAAUGAAGCUUGAGGCAGUUUGAUCGAGUUGAGUUAAACCAAACAAAAAGAAGCAGUCUUAAUUUUCUUAGAAUGAUUCUGGGAAACACAGCUAAUGGUAGUUUGAAUUAUUUUUCACCUGGGAAUUUUACACUCAUGAACAGAUGCUGCUCCGUAUUUAAAAUGUCCUGAGUUACGGAAUUGACAUUUUUAUAUGAACUUGUUCACUAACAAAUGGCCUUUUUAUUGUAGAAUGUCUGCAAUGUGUUCCACUGCACAAAAAAAUAGUAUUAAUAGUUUUUUAGGUAACAACAUACAUGCAGAUAAUAAAGACCGAGUUCAGAUCUAUGAGAAUGUAUUUGAUUAAGAAGUAGAUAUCCCAUGAAUUCUACACAUAACUAAAAAAAAUUUUUUAAGAGUGACUUGCAUGAGAAUGUAAUGUCUACCACCUCCACCAUAUGAAGAUGAGUUUCCCCUAGUAAAUAGUGAACCCAGUACUUUAUCCAAAGCCCUUUUUUCCCUAAAAUUCUUAAAAUUUAAACUUAGGAUUUGAUAGUUACAAAUCUUGUGUCAGUUGCCUAAACUUGAUGAAAACAAAUUGCAAUACUUUUUAUGUGGAGAAUUUUUGUUCCUUGGAUGCUUUUCAGCUUGGAAGUUUUAGUUUUUGGCCAUAGCUGCUAUUCCUUGUUAAAAUACAGUGAUGGUACAUCUAGCCAGUUCGUUGCUUUUGGGGUUUUAGUCAUCCUGCUUUUUGUUUAGUAGUACCACAAGUGCAUGUUCGUAAGACAAAAGUACUUUGUCUAGCAACUCAUAGAGUGGACCUAUGUGUCUUAUUAACCCUCAGUUUUUAUUUUUGAAAAUGUGCCGAUUGAAGUAGUACGCAUUUUUUUUUUUUUUUUUAAGUGCAUUUGGGUAGGAAAGCAUUGAAAAGUAGGGAUGUCCAAGUACUUGUGUAUGCUAGUUUAUUUGGUGUUAACACCUAGGAUGGUAUCAAAUCUGCAAAGCAAUAGGACCUCAGAGCUUAAUGGGAAGUAGCUUAAAAAGACUGUACUUAACGCUUUCCUAUCCUUGCCAGUUGACCAAAAAUACAGGUGAUUGAAUAGUUGCCCUUGCACUUCAUUUGUAUAGUAUAGUAGGUUGGGAAUUGAUGGAGGGGUUACAUUCAUGAAGUUAACGUAGGAUUCAGACAACAUAACACCAGAUAUUUUGUGGAGUCACUUGUGAUUGCAACCCAAUGUUGGUAGGCCAGUUUAUUAGAAUCUAGAUGAACUUGUAGGACACCUAUCACUAUGCCAUUAGGAUAGAAGACUUAAGACACUUAAUUUGUAGCCAUCUUAUUUGCCUAAGAGUGUAAGCCCAGAAAAUUUGUUAAUCCAUUUUCAUGCCAAGAUUCACGCUUAUACCUGCAUCUUGACAACACAGGGUUUUGCUUUGAAACAGCUGAAUCUGGGUGUGAGAAAAUUCUGUACAGUAGUUGAAAGUGAUGAGGAUAAUUAAUGACAGUCUGGACUAGUAGUACAAGUCUAGGAACAAGUGUUAGAGAAAGAUGUAGUUCUUUGCACCAUUAGUCAUUGCUUGCCAAUGCAUAAUCAACUCAUGGAGGUGUUCAGUUUGAUAAUGAGUAAUACUGGAAGUUCUUCAUGGAUCGCAGACUGGAGCUGGCAUAGUACAGUAUCUGUUGACAAAUACUGAACUAUUCGUAGCGUAUUCUUUCCUGCUUUAUCCUUCGAUAGGCCCACUCCAUGAUAUUAGACACGGUAGAAUGCAUUGUACUUGGUAAGCACUUAAAACCUUACUACACUAAUACCAGUCAAAAAUCGUAAGUUGCCAGAACAAAGAGAUGACCAAUAGUGUCUAGCUUAUGUGCUAUAAAUACUGCAAAAGCAUAGACAAGAUAAAAUUAUUAAGUGAUUACAGUUUAUUUGACAACUAACAUUCGAGCUAUUAAGGGAGAGUUUAUGGACAAGUACAAGAACAAAAGUUUCCAGUGUACUUUUUUUUCUUUGAAAAGUAAUAAAGCAAAAAAUAUGCUGAUUUAAAUUUCAUCUCCUUUUCCUUAGUCUGUCCAUGUGAAUGUGCUGUGUGGAAGAGUAAAAGGGCCCAACUAAAUGUGUUCCAGUGAUUCUAAUAGGUAUUCCAAAUUAAUUGUAUAUUUAACAGUUGUUAUGUUAGGGUUCUAGGAUCACUGUCGAUAAAAUUUAUUUUUAAAGAUGGGAAAAAUUGGUAAGCAGAUGGACAGAUUCUCAGUAAGAGAAAAACAAGUUUUCUGAUUGUUCCUUUGCUUGCAUACCUGCACCGAGUAUUGGUGUCCUCUCUACAGUUGGAUGACCUUCCAUAUAACUUUGUAUAAAUACUAUGCUCCCUGACAUUAGAGAUGAAAUAAAAACUUUUUGAGUUCUAAUGUAAAACAAUGAGUAGAAUAACUUUGUCUUUGUUUCCCCAAAAUCUUCUCUGGAUUUAUACGUAAACUGCUAUAGAAUAUCUGGAAAACAGAUUGAGCUCCUUUUGGGUAAUGAAGCAUAAAGUAAAUUCUAGCAUUAAAAGUAUAAAGUCAGUUGGGAAGUAAAGUCUGACAGACUGACAGGUGGGAAGAUUGUGGUGUAGCUCUGAUGAUGCCAGUCCAGAGCAUGUAAUCUGUAAAUCUGACUUUGAUACUUAGGAAAUUAAUUUUUCCUACUACCUGUUCCAGAAUAAUGUUUUUAGAUCAAAAUGAGAGGACUUGGGUGCAGGUGUAAUAACUGUAGGUAUCAACAUUUAACUCUGCGUUAUAGCCUCUGAAGGCAACCCUCAUGGCUUCUAAAGAGCGGGCAGCUCAAGGUUUCAUAACCAUUUCUGUUCAUUAGGAAAAAACAUGAAACUAGAAAAACAAAGUUUCAAAAGUAAGCAUUGAAUUUAUGUGGUAAAGCAUACCUUUUCACUUGUCUUCAUGGUAUAGUGGAAGAACCAUUUCUAUGGAAACUCAUCUUUUAUAAAAGGUGUAUAUACAGAGAUUAUUUUGAUACCAACUAAGGGCUUGCCCUUUGAUGGGUGGUUUACGGGACAUUAACUGCUAGAAAAAAUGUGGAAGAGUUACCACUCAUUGACUUGCUCUGUACAUUGAAAGAUCUUUUAAGACUGGAGUCUUAAAAAAGCAUCUGUUACAGUAAUCAGUGGUAGUCUUAAGGUGAAAAUAAUGUAAUGGCAUCCUUAGUGAAUAAAAUGGUUGAAAAGCACUCAAAUAUUUGCAACAUAGCAGUAGUGCUCAUAUUACGAACUUAAAGUGCAAUACUUUGAAGAAUAUAUUCAUAAUAAAAUUUUUUCUUAUCCCAGCUGUUUCCCUUUAAAAAAGUUUAAGUUCUUACUGUAUAAAAUAAGCUGUGUGGAAAUACCAGUAUUUGGGUAGUGAUAAUGGCAUAUUGACCUGAUUUGAUACUUACUAGACUAUUUUAAGAUGCUUCCAAAGUAUUUUAUUCUAGAGAACUGCUACAAAUAAGAAUUACAGCAAUCGUUUUGAUUUUUGUACUUUGCUCAUUAAGGUCUGCUUACCCAAAGAAUAGUAUAUAUUUUAACAUGACUUUUAAAGGGGUGGCUUGACCCCGUCACAGAUUUUUAUCUAGGAAUAGGAGGAUUCAAACCCUGUUUGAUCCCUAACUCUUUGCUGAAAGUGCAUAAACAGGAAUCCUGAAUUUAUUAUAUAGACCUCCUCGCAUUAUAUAAUCGAAGCAAAGGGAAACCAGCGAUGGAGUUAGAGGUACGUAGACUAAAGAGAUGCUUGCAAAUCAAAUAAUGGUUCUAGUGGAGUCAAGAACUCUUGUUGCCAAACUCAGUCAAUAUAAAUCACAAAUCAGAGAAGAGCUGCUAAUUUAAAUUCCCGGAGGCCCUUUACUGAGGUGGAAAAGCAAGUAGUCAAGAAAAGAGGAGGGGUGAGGGAAGGGGAAAUUGCUUAAAGUGCUAGGAAGAUUAAUAAGAGUAGGUAUUGUAGAAAAGCUACCAGAAGUUUUCAAAACUAAUAACUACAAUUCUAUUUUGAUCAGCUAUUUAGCUGGUACCUACUGCUAUAUCACCUAGUGUGAGAUUUCGGAAUUAAUGGAACAAUGAAGGAAGCAGUGUGCUGGAGGCUGCCAAGGGAAUAUGGAAGGUCUUCAGUUUGUGCAGUCAUUCUGCUGUGAAAGUGAACUAAGCUUGUGAAAUGAUGAAGGCAUUGGAAAUUAUACCAGCCGAGUGGUUUCUCUUACUCAGGAAUUUUGAAAUGCUUACAGAUGAAGAUGUGAAGACUAAAGUACAAAUGGUCUAAUGUAGAAUGCUGUUUCAGUGUCAGUACCUAUGAACAAAUUAUACCUAUGUAAAAUGAGGAUUUCUGCCAUUUAGCUAUUUGAAAUGCUGUAGAACUUACAUAUCUUGAGACCUAUCCCGUAAUUUACAUUAAUCAUCAGCAGAACAAGCAGGGAUGAAAUGACUGGAAAAAGGUAAAAAAUUGAUAUUGGAACAUCUGUUGUCAUUUACUGAUUUGUUCAAGUAACUAACAUAGUAUAUGGUAUGUGGAUAUUUAUGUAAUAUUUAAAGGCAAAGGCAUUCCAGCACUAUUGCUUGUAAGAUGGAUUUCCAUUAAAAAGUCCUUAAGAUUUUCAGAGGGUGAAUCUCUCAAUGAGAUUUCUUUCAAAAGUACAUAGGCUUUUGACUUAGGCAACCUACUGUGAUCUUGGGUUUUCUGGCAUAGAUGGCAAACAUACCAGCAUCCUAAAGUCACUAUGAUAAAUCCUCCUACGCCAACAUCACACGAUCUUCUAAUUCUGCCUGUCAGAAAUAAGGAAUUAGAACCACCAUAAUUAUUAAGAAUAUACUUAACAUAAGAUUGUUACUCCACUUAGAAAAAUUUUUCCACAGAGAAAAAGGGUAUUUUGCAUAAAGAAAUAAACAUACUCACUAGUUAACAAAAAGUAUCCAAGUCCAGCCACGACAGAUCCUAGUGAACCAUACAAUACCGAAUCCCGUGCACAGGGAAUGUUUUCAACAUCUAAAAUUCCCAGGAGUUUAAAGGGCUAGAUUAAAAAAAAAAAAAAAAACAAUUUGAACAAGACUAUUUUAGUUCAAGGUAAUGUAGCAAAGAUUACAGUGCUAACAGUUUCCUUUACUGUAUUUUAAGGUAAUAAACUAGAAUAUAUGCCAGUCAACAACUCUGUGAAUCAGUUAAUACUGUGUUUGAUAAUUGUAAUAAUUAAAUGUAUACAUUAGAAACCUUGAAAAUUUGACCAGAAAGCCCUAAGCAGUAGUAUAACUUUGCAUUCUGACAUAACUCAUUAAUCAGCUGAUUUGGAAAUGAACUUCUGGUGAAUUUCUUUGGGAACUUUGUCUUUUUCACUGAAAGAAAAAAAAUUCAGUGAUUUGGGAAACAUGAAAAGUUAUUUGAGCCAUGUUUGCUUGUAAUAAUUAAAGUGUUAAUUUAAGUUUUCAGGUUUUGUUGGUGUUAGAUAAAUAUGUCUUGGCAGCUGUAACAUUUCAUGUUAAUAUGAACAUGGUAAUGUAUUUCUCUGGCCUCAGUUUCCCUGCCUGUCACAUGAAGUUGCAUCUCAAUAACCAGAUUGAUAGUAUGUGGAAUCCACAGCUAGGACAAUCCUGAGUGAAUUUUUGCAUCAGCUCUGCCACUACCUUAUUAUAUCUCUGUGGCCUCAAUCUAAAAUGAAAUGGAUUAAAUUUUUCCAAGUGCAAAAUACCUCCGUACAGUUUUAAUUGUAUUUUACUGUCUUUUCCUUAGUAUGUUCAACCAGAUGUCUGUCAGUCUGAUAGACAUGUCUGUGACUGGCAGAAAUUUGUUUUUUGAGACACAAUCUUGGUAGGUAACGUAGCUUUGAACUCCCAGCAGUCACCCAAUCUCAGCCUCUCCUGAGUUCUGGGAUCACAGUUGUGCACCACUAUGCAGGCUUGACUAUGGGGUUUCUGUUACUAAAAAAAGCAUAGAGGGCCUGGGUUGUGUCUCCAUGGAAGACACUUCUCUUAGCUUGUGGAAGGCACUCUGUUGGAUCCCCAGCACUGUUAAAAAUAACUCAGAAAACUUAAAUGAUGACGCAAAUAUUUUCUAGAACUUCGUUAACUGUAAGUUUUCACCACUGCUUUAAAAAAUGUGAGGCAGCUGGAUGAUUCUGUAGGGUGAAGAGAUAACCUAGGAGGGAAAAGUACACAGAACAAAGGACAGUGAAAGACAAGUCAGAGUAAAGGCUGAAACAUGAAGAUAACUCCAUUGUGUCUGACAAAGACAAAAUGUGACUUGGUUCCUAUUAAAGUAAGAAUUACACACUC